CACUGCCCAUCUGCAGACCACAACUCGUACCUUAGCACUCACCAUGUCGUCCAACGUCGGUCUCUCUACUCCCCGCGGCAGCGGUACCUCCGGAUACGUCCAGAAGAACAGAUCACUCCUCAAGCCGCGCGACAAGGCGGCACCCUAUCCCCAGGACUGGGAGCAGACGAAGCACCGCCAGCGCCAGCCAGACCCAGAAAUCCUGGAGCACGAGCGCAAACGAGAUAUUGAAGUCAAGGUUAUGGAGCUCCGCGACAAGCUCGAAGAUGAAGGUGUCGAUGACGACGAAAUCGACGACCGAUGCGAUGGCCUCCGCAGGAAGCUCGAAGAAGAUCACAAAGCUGGCAAAGACACAGGGCCGAAUGCGCGGACCCUAAAAGCGCAUCAGGUACACGACCUUGCGAAAGCGAAGAUCGAGGAGAGCGAGCGGUUACGGAAGGCGCUCGGCAUCUCUGAGGACUACGAGGAGGGAAGCCAUUGGAGGAAGCAAGAAGAGCGGCUACGGGAGUCGUUGGCGCAGCGGGAGAGGGAAGAUGAAGAGCACUUGGAGAAGGCGAAGGAGGCGCGACGGUAUAAGGACGAGUCUGACUGAACGAUAGUCAUCGGACGGCUCUCUUUCUAUAGAUGGCUGGCGUUUGGAUGGUGUUUAUUGAUACCCUCGACGACUGCAAUGAAUACGAGUGCAUAGACGGUAGCGAACGGAUAGGUUUUUCAAACUAACCCCAAGAUGGGCUUCCUCCCAUCCCAAACCAAGUGCGAUCCGCGCAAGGAAUAACUAAAGGCGAUUCACAACGGCUUUCCUGGGCAUCACCUGGCAACCUGUGGCGGUACGAGGAUCUCGCAGCUGGCUCGUUGGAUAUGGAACCCAGCCCGUCGGAGCGAGAACUGCUGGUGUGGAAACUUCCGUGUAUAUCUUGAGACUGGCUCGGCGUGGUAUCCCAUUCUAUCAUGUUUGUGCUCAUUUAUUAGGAUUUAGAUUGGUGAGGCUCAGCCCUGUGUGCCGAACACCCGUCUCUUCCCAAUCAAGACUUCACAAGCUCCACACAUGGUCUGCCUUUCUCAGCG